AUGGAGUACAUCGUUUACAAUAAAAAUGAUGAUCUGCUGAAUUAUCGAAAUGAAAUUUUAAAGAGAAGGAGGAAAAUAAGUUCAUAUGAUGAUGAUAAUGAUGAUGAUAAUGAUGAUGAUAUAUUUAAAUAUUAUGAUAACAUAAUAAUUAAUAAGGAAAAUGAUAAGUGUAAUAAAUUUUUGGAAAAUAAUUAUAAGCAAACGCCAUGUACUUCUUUUAAUGGUAGGAAUAAAUGGGCCUUAAAUGAAGAGGGGAAAUACAGUUUAUGGAGGAAAAAAGAAACAAAAAUAAAUUUAUAUCUAUCAGGUGGCAAUUAUAGUGUCGAUCGUGAUAAAUUGAGCAAACAUGGAUGUGAAGAAUUACAUAAAUGCUAUGAAGUUGAGCAUGAGCUGAUUGGAUCCGUGUCUAGUAACUUAUCAAAUGUGGAAUGUCAGAAUUUUAUACCGAACGUUACAAUUAACAAUUUUAAUUCGACUGGUAACGUGAGUAUAAAUUCCAUUGAUCAUUUAAAUAACAAAAUAACAAAUAAUAAUGUAUUGGGAACAGUUAAUUGUAGUGAAUAUACCAAUGUAAGCAUUACAAUAUUAAAUAAAUGUACAAAAGUCCGUAUGAGUGAGUAUAAUAAUAAUGCAAAAUGGAAAUUUGAUGAAUCCUUUCGUAGUGUGAAUGAUGGGAAACUCUGGUCAUAUAGUAAAUUGAAAAAUAAAGUAUAUACAAACAACACUCAGUGUGUUAACAUAGCUACUGGUUUAUCAUAUGAAAAAAAUGAUAACAAUCUGCUGACAUCUUACAACUCAACUUGUUAUAUUAACUCUAAGGAGGAUAUGUCCUCAUGUGUUUCUACGAAGGGACAUAAUAAUGGUAGUAAUAAUGGUAGUAAUAAUGGUAGUAAUAAUGGUAGUAAUAAUGGUAGUAAUAAUGGUAGUAAUAAUGGUAGUAAUAAUGGUAGUAAUAAUGGUAGUAAUAAUGGUAGUAAUAAUGGUAGUAAUAAUGGUAGUAAUAAUGGUAGUAAUAAUGGUAGUAAUAAUGGUAGUAAUAAUGGUAGUAAUAAUGGCUGUAAUAAUGGCUGUAAUAAUGGCUGUAAUAAUGGCAAUGGUGAUGAUGAAGAUCAUAAUAAGAAUUAUCUGGAUAGGAAGAGGGGGCAAAUUGCCGAUGGGGAUGAAGAUGAAGGAAAUUGCAAGAAGGGGAAAGAGAGAAACGCUAGCAUUGAUUUUUUAAACAAAGAAAACGAUGGUGGAAAAAAGGAUGACAAGAUGAAUGAUCAUGAUCAGAAUAUUAAUAACAUUGAAAAUAACAGCAAAGCGAAUGAAAACGGAACAAACAGCACGAUUAAUGGCAAUUUAAGUACUGACCUUAGAGGGGGCAUAGUGAAUAACUAUAACGAUAACAGAAAAAAUGCGAACUGCUAUGGCAAGCUGUACAGCUCUAACGAGUAUAAAAAUAGUAGUGUGACAAAUAAAGAGGAUAUUAAUGAGGCAAAUAAUAAGAUAAUGUAUAACAGCAUUGAUGGUAGUAGUGGAUGUAAUGAAAAUUCUGAACAGGACAGGUUAAUAAAUGAACAGAGGAAAAUGCAAGCAAACAGUAAAUUUGAAAAUGCGAAGAGUAUGAACGUAAAUAAUAAUAAUAUGAGCGUGAAUAAUAAUUUAAGCAGGGAUAAUAAUUUAAGCAUGGAUAAUAAUUUAAGCAUGGAUAAUAAUUUAAGUAUGGAUAAUAAUUUAAGUAUGGAUAAUAAUUUAAGUAUGGAUAAUAAUUUAAGUAUGGAUAAUAAUUUAAGCAUGAAAAACAAUAUGAACUUAAAUAGCAUGAACAUAAAUGAUAGUAACAAUAUGAUGGUAAGCGCCGAAAUUAAGAACGACCAAAACUUUACUGCACAGAAAACAGGUAGCAGUAAAAAUGCAAGGAGUGCGAAUAAUACAAUGAAUAUUGCUAACAAUAUACCUUUUGCAAAAAAUAAAAAUAUUAUAGCUAAUACACAAAUGGUUUAUAUGAAUGGGGAGUGUAACCCAAGUACAUAUAAAACAUUGUCAGGUAAUAAACGACAUAGAUCAAAUAAAAUGAACGAAAUGAACCGAAUUAACAACAGUAUAAAUGUUAAAGAAACGAUUGAAGAAUUUCGUCCAGAAAGUAAAAGAAAAGAAUUAGAUAAAACGGACUGUAUAGAUAGUAGUAGUGUACCUAAUGAGAAGGACGAGCACAAUUUUGUAAACAGUAUGAACAAUUUAGGAAGUAAUGUAAAUAUGUUUCACAUAAGUGGAAUAAACAACUUGUUAAAUAAUAAUAAUAAUAAUAUGAUGAUGAUGAAUCGAAUGAAUAAUAAUAUGCAUGUAAUUAAAAAUAUCAAUAAUAGUAAUAAUAAUAAUAAUAAUAGUAAUAAUAAUAAUAAUAAUAAUAAUAAUAAUAAUAAUAAUAAUAGUAAUAGUAAUAAUAGUAAUAGUAAUAAUAGUAAUAGUAAUAAUAGUAAUAGUAAUAAUAGUAAUAGUAAUAACAGUAACAGUAAUAACAGUAACAGUAACAGUAAUAACAGUAACAGUUUAAUUUCUGUGAAUAACAACAUGCAACUGACAAAUAUUAAUCCGUAUAAUUUUAGUACACAUCCAUAUAACAAUAUGCCCAUGUUUAACCCUAUUGCUAAUGCUUCUAAUAAUUUUAUGGCCAAUGGUCAGAUUGGUCAACAUAUGCCUUUUAACUCAAUGAACGAAAUGCAGGCUGGUGGAGUUAAUUGUAUGAUGAUGAAUGGUAAUAUGAAUAUCAGCGGUGUGAAUGGCGCCAUAAGUGUCAAUGUAGGCGAUAAUAUGCAUAGUAUUAAUGGAAAUAUGAAUAUGCCUUACCUGAAUAGUGCAGGAAGAAACAUAACUGUUCCCCAUUUAGGGGCAAAAGAUGGAAAAGGCAUAUUUGGAAAAAACAGCAACGAGAACAACAUCAGCAACAACAGCAACAACAGCAACAGCAACAACAUCAACAGCAACAACAUCAACAGCAACAACAACAACAGCAACAACAAUAACAGCAACAACAGCAACAACAACAAUAAUAAUAAUAAUAAUAAUAACUCAGAUGAAUACGGUGAACAAAUCAGAAAAAUGAACUCAAAUAAUGCCAACUUCAGAAAUUCAAAUAAAUCGACAAAUAACAGUGAAAACAGUAAAAAGACUGUAAAAAAUAUACGCCUUGAAAAUCUAAAUUUUAGUGAAAAUAUCAACUUAAAAAAUGUGGAUGGUCUAGAUUUGAGCGUAAACUUUGUAAAUGGAAAAUACUCUUCAAAACUAAACGUAGAUGAAAAGAUUUACAAUAUAGUGCAUUAUAUUGUUAAGAAUUCUUUGGUCGACUAUUUGUUUGAUUUUUAUAAUAAUGAAAGUUUGAUAUAUAAGGACAAAGUGGACCUAUCUGACGCUAUCAGCUGUGAUAGUAGUGGCAUGGGAGGAAUAAGCGGCGUAAGCGGCAGUCCGAACAACAACAAUAACAAUAGCAGAGGUAAUAACAUAAAAUUGAUGGAGGAUGAAAAGAGGGACGAGGUGAAAGGGGUUACAAGUUGUUACAACGAGGGUGAUACGAAACAGGGUUAUACAAAUGAUGCGGUUAAUGAAGGAAAAAAGGAAAAGAACGAAAAGGAUGAGAAGAACGAAAAGGAUGAGAAGAACGAAAAGGAUGAAAAGAACGAAAAGAACGAAAAGGAUGAAAAGGAUGAAAAGGAUGAAAAGGAUGAAAAGAACGAAAAGAACGAAAAGAACGAAAAGGACCAAAAUAGUCGAAGUAGUGAAAAAUUAAAUAAUUGUAAAAUGGAAGAUGGCAGUUCCUUUACAAACAAUGAAAACUUUUUUGUUAAGGAAAAUAACUCGAUUGAUACAAAAGACGACGAAAAUGGAGAUGCAAAUAAAAGCACAAAUGACAAAGCAGCUGAGAGUAAUACCGUCACUACUGGUAAAGCUAUUACUACUACCAAUACUUCCAUCACUGGAAGAGAAAACUCUGGAGAUACAAAAUUUGAAGACAAACAAGGUACUAAGGGUGCAGACACAGAACAGUCAAAUAAACCUAUGGAAGAUAAGAACCCCAAUGAAAAUACGAAUGAGUCAAGUAAAAAUAACAGCAGCAAUUAUGACGCGGAGAACGCAGCAAAUGAUAACAAAAAUGAAUCUUGUAAUGAUGAAGCAGAAAGGAAAAAGAAAGAUGGGCCAUCAGAUGAACAGCUUAAUCAAAAUGUUAAAAGGGAUGUUACGAAGAUUAGAAUAGGAGACAGUAGUAGUAGUGGUACUGCUGAAAAUAACAAAUCAAUACUAAUAGAAAUAUCAAAAAGUAUAUGCUCAAUAAUUAAUUUACAGCAACUUGUACCAGUCAGUGCUAGGUUAAGUAAUCCUAAUCUAAUAUAUGAUCCUAAUUAUGAAACUAUAUAUUCAAAAUGGAAAACAUUUUUACGAAAAGAACAAUCAAGUGGUAAUUUAAUUAGCAUGACUUUUUCAAGAGAUUUUUUACACACUGUUCUCUUGUGUAACUACGUUGCUAUAAUUGAAGAUUUAAAAAAAACAGCAGUUAAGAAAAAAAUAAAAUAUUUCUUCCUUCAUUUAUGCUUGGAAGCGGGCUUACCGAUUAACGUAGCGCAGAUGCUGUUCGUUAAUGCAACGAAGCAGAGUAACAAACUGCAGUCCUUGUUGCCAUCGGAAACGGGGUUGGGAUAUUUGCACAGAGACACAGGAGGAGCUAAGGAAGAAAACAUGGGUAUCAUUACAUUUGAAUGUAUAACUAAUGAUAGGGAACCUGAUCAUUUAAUAAAAUUAAUAACACUAAAAAAUAUUUUCUCAAGACAGUUACCAAAGAUGCCUAGAGAGUAUAUUGUGAGGCUUGUAUUUGAUAGAAACCACUAUACAUUUUGUUUACUUAAAAAGAAUACGGUAAUUGGAGGUGUUUGCUUCAGACCUUAUUUUGAACAGAAAUUUGCAGAAAUAGCAUUUUUAGCUGUUACAUCAACGGAACAAGUGAAGGGAUAUGGUACUAGGUUAAUGAACCAUCUGAAGGAGCAUGUUAAGAAGUUUGGCAUCGAAUAUUUCCUGACGUAUGCAGACAACUUUGCCAUAGGCUACUUUAGGAAGCAGGGGUUUUCUCAGAAGAUUUCAAUGCCAAAAGAAAGAUGGUUUGGGUACAUAAAAGACUACGAUGGAGGAACAUUAAUGGAGUGUUACAUCUUUCCAAAUAUAAAUUAUUUAAAACUUUCCGAAAUGUUAUAUGAACAAAAAAAGACAGUAAGGAAAGCAAUUCAUUUUAUAAAACCACAAGUUAUUUUUAAAGGAUUAAAUUAUUUCUUAGAAAAUAAAGGAGCAAAUUUACAUCCUAGUAGUAUUCCCGGAUUGAUAGAAAUAGGAUGGAAGAAGGAAAAUAAGGAAGUUACAAAAAAAAUUCAUAAUAAAGAUAUACAAUUAAAAGAUCAAAUAUUAGAUGUUCUAGAUUUUUUGGAAAAACAACAAUCUGCAUGGCCCUUCUUAAAACCUGUUAGUCUUUCGGAAGCUCCCGAUUACUAUGACAUUAUAAAGGAACCCACGGAUAUUCUUACCAUGAGGAGAAAGGCAAGACAUGGUGAGUACAAAACGAAGGAAGAUUUUGGAAUUGAGCUAAAAAGGAUGUUUGACAACUGCCGCCUGUACAAUGCCCCAACGACCAUAUACUUCAAAUAUGCAAAUGAAUUACAAGCUCUCAUAUGGCCAAAAUAUGAGUGCAUAAGUGAAAGUGCAAAGUAG